AUGGCAAAUCCAUUCAAUGGACCCCCGUUCUUCCCAAAUUCGAUGGGAUGCCAAUUUCCUGGUGUACCAAACCCCUCACAGCCAAAUGGCAGUCCAAAUAUAUUUCAAGGACAAAAAAUUAUGAAUGCUAUUAUGAUUCAAGGAAAACUGAUGCAGCAGAUAGCUGAACAGAACGAAAAAUUGCAUAAUAAACUAUACCUACUUAUAGAAAAUAUAAAUAUUCCUACUGGCUGCUGUAAUCCUAUAUUUUGAUAGUAAAUAUGAAAACGUCUAACCUGUAGGAAUGCUUUCAUUCAUUGUAAAUAGGGAUAGCAGAUAUAAGAAGAGAGAUAGAAAAUCUACAAGUUCCUGGACUUCGUGUAUAUAUUAAAUGGCGACAUGUAUCUGCCUGCCCUCUUGUCACAACAGUUCAGACCUUAUGGCUACAGCGAAAUGGGGCGGACUUCGAGCUGAGAAUCAAGUGCAGGCUCAAGAGAUUUGAAUCUGGGUAGGUUUGGAUGCUUUCCUGUGGUGGGAAAUGGAGGUACUCAACAACAUCCUUUUGGAUCCGAGGAUCCAUGGACAUUCCUCUAUUGAGAAGCUGGGAUUUUCGGCCCCGAACACAGGGGAGUAGUCUUUUUCGUCUAGCUGUCGAAGUACCUGACUGAUUCCAAGGAAUAGAUCUUUGGAAUCAAGCUACUCCAAUCACCUGUAGCAGAGGCACGAAAAUCCAUAAAACCAUCCACUCAAGGCAUAAGCUGCAAGGUAAGGAAGAGACAGAAGGCACAUGAAGUGGCAUCCAAGAACCUCUGGGCUAGAGUCGAAAAGCGGUUGAACCUCCCGUACGGGAGGUCUUUGGUGACUGCGCCACCAUAUAGCUAAUCCUGUCUUUAAAAACCUAACUAGCCUAUCCUGGCCUUCCUGCAGAUCCUCAAAGUGGCACAGUUCCUUCAAAGCAGAAUCUCUUAGACCUCCUGGCAGGUGAAGAUGCAAAAUUCGAUUUUUCCCUCGAGCUAUCAGGGUCAGUACCUAAUCCGGUUUGUAAAGGAAAAUAUUUCUCUAUUAAAGUAUUACUUGAGCCGUUUGGAGAAAGCAAAAUUCCUCUAGAAGAAAGAAUUCAGCUUGGAGUAGCUUUAUAUACAGCAGAAAAUCCCCCAAAACUGAUUAACCACAACAUGUCCGGUGGAGGAAUGAUAAAAGGGCACAGUACCAGUUGGCUGACUUAUGAUGAAUCUGAAAGGAAGCACACAGCUUCCUUUAAAAUCCAACUAAAUGAAGUUACAUCUCAUUUUCGAAAUGGCUGGGUUUUUCUUGUAAUCCAGCCUCAAACGCCUUGCGAAUUUUUAGAACAGACAGGCUUGAAACUAAAGCCUUUAAUUGUAAAGCAUCUUGUGAUAAAAGCUAAAGAAACGACUUGCAAAAGAUGGAGAGAAAAAGGAAAAGUAAGUAAUAUUUUGCCAGAAAAAACUGAGGAUAUGUCUCAAGGAUCGAAUGAAUCAGAGCAGGAAUCAGAGGGAAAUUAA